AAAAACUCAUAAAUAAACAUUAGCUUGGGUUUUGGAUAAAAUGCUCUUCAAUACUAAAAAGCUUCAAACUUUACAAAUAUUACCAGAGACCGUUGAGUCUCUGGCUUCAACCAACCAUGAUAGAACAGAGAUUAUGAGACACAUAGCUUCUCCAAAUUCUCAUAAACCCUAAUAUGAAAUCACUCACUAACCUUGUUUUUGAUCUUCAUCCAAUUUUAAUUCUGUAAUUUCUCAUUUUCAGUUGUUAAACAAUGGCUUCCAUUGAUAUUCGUUUAUCUCCUAAGAUAUUAUACCUUCCGAAACCCCAUGGCCACCGCCAUGGAUUGCAUUCAAAAUCACUGCUUCACUUCCCCAAUACCUUCCAACCACUUUUCCUUCGCCGGUCACCGGCCUCCGUGGUGUUGUGCCAAUCGAAAUCCCAGGCCGCCGGCGAAGGUGGCAAUCCAAUUGAGGAGGAUUUUGUGACUAGGGUUUUGAAGGAGAAUCCAAGCCAAGUUGAACCAAGGUACUUAAUUGGUGAAAAGUUUUUUACUUUGAAGGAAAAAGAGAAUUUGAAGAAAAAUUCAGACUCGGGUAUUUUUCGUUCAUUGAAAAAGGUUCUAACUUUGAAGAAAGUGAAGAAUGAGAGUGAAUUGAAGAAUGAAAAUGAAGCUGUGUAUUUGAAAGAUAUUUUGAGAGAGUAUAAGGGUAAGCUUUAUGUACCAGAACAAGUUUUUGGGAAAGAGUUGUCUGAAGAAGAGGAAUUUGAUAAGGAUUUUAAGGCAUUGCCAAGAAUGGAGCUUGAAGAUUUUCAGAAAGCUAUGAGGAAUGAUAAGGUUACAUUGUUGACUUGGAAGGAUGUUGCUACAGCUAGUAUUGCUUAUGCUAAUGGUUAUAGGGAUUUCAUUAUUGAAUUGAAGGAAAUGCCUGGUGAUAAGAGCUUGCAUAUAACAAAAUGGGCAAUGAGACUGGAUGAGAGUUUAGCUCAGAAUCUUUUGGAAGAGUAUACUGGUCCUUGUUAUCAAAUAGAGAAGCAAACUAUGUCUUGGGUUGGAAAAUUACCCGAGCACCCUCAUCCAGUGGCAUCUUCGGUAUCAAGCAGAAUCAUAGUGGAGCUUGGAAUGGCAACUGCUGUAAUGGCUGCUGCCGCUGCUGUUAUUGGAGGGUUCCUUGCUUCAGCAGUAUUUGCUGUUACGAGUUUCGUAUAUGUGACAGCUUCAUAUGUUGUUUGGCCAGUUGUCAGACCUUUCAUCAAACUUUUCUUUAGCAUAGUAUCGGGUAUUUUAGAAAGAGUCUGGGAGAAUUUUGUUGAAUUUUUCAUCGACGGAGGCAUCUUUUCUAAAUUUUCCGAUUUUUACACUUUUGGUGGUGUCUCUGCUAGUCUUGAGGUGUUAAAACCAAUUACUUUUGUUCUUUUAACUAUGGUCCUUCUUGUCCGUUUCACACUUUCGAGAAGACCAAAGAACUUUAGGAAAUGGGACUUGUGGCAAGGGAUUGAUUUUUCCCGUUCUAAGGCAGAAGCUCGUGUUGAUGGUUCAACCGGAGUUAAAUUUAGCGAUGUGGCAGGGAUUGAUGAAGCGGUGGAGGAACUCCAGGAGUUGGUGAGGUACUUGAAGAACCCAGAGCUUUUUGAUAAAAUGGGUAUAAAACCUCCACAUGGUGUUCUUUUAGAAGGCCCCCCUGGAUGUGGCAAGACCCUGGUUGCUAAGGCCAUAGCUGGUGAGGCUGGUGUUCCAUUUUACCAAAUGGCUGGAUCUGAAUUUGUUGAAGUUUUAGUCGGUGUGGGUUCUGCUCGUAUUAGGGAUCUAUUCAAAAGAGCUAAGGUAAACAAACCAUCAGUAAUAUUCAUUGAUGAAAUUGAUGCAUUGGCAACUAGGCGGCAAGGUAUUUUCAAGGAAUCCUCAGAUCAGCUUUAUAAUGCUGCAACUCAAGAGAGGGAGACUACAUUGAACCAGCUAUUGAUAGAACUCGAUGGGUUCGAUACUGGAAAAGGUGUUAUAUUUUUGGGUGCUACAAAUCGUAGGGAUUUGUUAGACCCUGCUCUUCUCCGACCAGGUCGAUUUGAUCGCAAGAUAAAAAUUCGGCCUCCUCCUGCAAAGGGGAGAUUGGAGAUUUUGAAAAUUCAUGCGAGCAAAGUGAAAAUGUCUGAAUCUCUCGAUCUAUCGAGCUAUGCACAGAACUUGCCUGGAUGGACCGGAGCAAAAUUAGCUCAGCUCGUUCAAGAGGCUGCACUUGUAGCGGUUAGGAAGGGGCAUAAUUCAAUUCUUCAGUCGGACAUGGAUGAUGCAGUUGAUAGACUAACGGUAGGUCCCAAACGUGUUGGAAUAGAGUUGGGUCAUCAAGGACAAUGUCGUCGUGCUUCUACUGAAGUUGGAGUUGCAAUGACUUCCCAUUUGCUAAGGCGCUACGAGAAUGCAGAAAUUGAACGCUGCGAUCGCAUUUCAAUUGUCCCACGUGGUCAGACAUUAUCACAAGUUGUGUUUCAUCGGCUUGAUGAUGAAUCAUACAUGUUUGAGCGCCGACCACAGUUGCUGCAUCGCCUUCAGGUUCUACUAGGAGGGAGGGCAGCCGAAGAGGUAAUCUAUGGACGGGACACAUCAAGGGCGUCGGUUGAAUACCUUGCAGAUGCCAACUGGCUUGCUCGGAAAAUUUUAACAAUAUGGAAUUUGGAGAACCCCAUGCGGAUACAUGGUGAACCACCGCCAUGGAGAAAGAAGCCUAAGUUUGUUGGACCCAGAUUGGACUUUGAAGGAUCACUUUACGAUGACUAUGGUCUAAUAGAACCGCCACUCAACUUCAAUCUAGAUGAUGAAAUCGCUCAAAGAACCGAGGAGCUGAUACACGACAUGUAUGAUAAGACACUUUCUUUGCUUCGUAGGCACCAUGCAGCGCUACUUAAAACCGUGAAGGUUCUACUGAAUCAGAACGAAAUCAGUGGUGAAGAAAUCGACUUCAUCUUGGAUAAGUACCCUCCACAAACACCGAUUACUUUACUUAUGGAGGAAGAAAGCCCCGGCAGCCUUCCGUUUGUCAAAGAAGACCAAGAAAAUCGUGAAGUUGAAUACGCCUUCGCCUCUCAUUCGAAAGAAGAGAAUCUGUGAAUAACAACAUAUAUAGUGUCUUCAACCAAAGGCUUCAUUUAGCAUGGAAGAGUAUUUUUUUUGCAUAUCAUCAAUUUUGUAUCUUUAAAUAGUUUUAGAUUAGUUAGUUAAGUUAUGAGUAUUGUGACUAUGAACUUUUUUAAUGCAAGACCAAUAUUUAUGUCUA